AUGUACAGCAGAGAAAGCAGAGUGAGUGAUCUUAGGAUCGUUCUUCUGGGGAAAAGUGUGUCAGAAAACAGCGAGGUGGGAAACUUCAUCUUGGGCCGGUCUGCAUUUGACAGUGAAGCUCCUCCUGGUGUUGUGGAGAGAGUCGGCGGAAGACUGAAGGACAGACAUGUGACACUCAUCAACAGUCCUCAGCUGCUCCACACAAACAUCUCAGAUGAUCAGAUCACACAGACAGUCAGAGAGUGUGUGAGUCUGUCUGAUCCAGGACCUCAUGUGGUGGUUCUGCUCCUCCAACAUCAGCAGUGUUCAGCAGAAGAUCAAGAGCGUGUGGAGAAGCUGCAGGACUCUUUCUCUGAGCGCCUUCUUCAACACACAAUGGUGCUCAGCACACAAGAGUCCGCUGAACCCAAUGAGAUCCUGCAGAAGAUCAUCCAGAAGUGCUCAAACAGACACUUCAGUCUUCAGAGAAGCAGCUCUCCUGAUGAUCUUCUGCAGGCCUUCGAGGAUAUUGAGCAGAGCAAUGAUGGACGGCACCUGAUUUGUGCUCAAUAUGAAGCUUCACAGUGUUUUACAGUGGAUAAACAGACCACAAAAAGAGACUGUGAGAAGUUGAAUGUGGUGGUGUGCGGGAGCAACUGCUCCCUAAAAUCUUCCAUCACAGAGCUGAUCCCACAGCACACAAACAGAAGAUCAGAGAGUGUGAGCACAGACGUGGAUCUUUAUGGUUGUCAGAUCAAUGUGCUGGAGCUUCCAGCUUUGUUCAAGACUGAGCUCUCAGAAGAGGAAGUGAUGCGUCAGACUCUCAGCUGUGUGUCUCUCUGUCAACCUGGCGUUCAUGCUUUUCUCUUUAUUAUUCCCGAUGCUCCACUGACUGAUGAGGACAAAGCAGAAAUGGAGGUGAUUCAGAGGAUUUUCAGCUCCAGAAUCAACAAGUACCUCAUAACCCUCAUCAUGCAGAAUUCAGAGCUUCAGAAAGCCGAACUCAAUGAAGAAACGCAGGCUGUCAUUGAGAGUUUUGGAGGACGACAUUAUAUCUUUGGUUCCACCACUCAGGUGUCCACAUUGAUGGAGAACAUUGAGAAGAUGCUGGAAGAAAACAGGAAAGGGGCUUACUCAACAGAGACAUUUCUUGAGGCACAAAUGAAAAAAAAUUUCCACUAUGAAGACAUGAAGAGGAAACUUCAUUCACUAGAGACAAAUUUACUGUCCCAAGGUUCAAUGGAGACUGAAAAUGAACUGAGGAUUGUCCUGUUGGGAAAAAGUGGAGUUGGUAAAAGUGCAACUGGAAACACCAUCUUAGAAAAAAAUGUGUUUACAGCUGAAACAUCUCAAGAGUCUGUUACUAAAGAGAGUCAAAGUGAAACUCAAGAAAUUAAUGGCCGACACAUUACUGUAAUUGAUACUCCAGGACUGUUUGAUACUGAACUCACUAAUGAAGAAAUCCAGAAAGAAAUCAGCAACUGCAUCUCCAUGAUUCUUCCUGGACCACACGUGUUCCUCAUUGUGCUCAAUUUAGGACAGAGAUUCACUCAAGAAGAGGCUAAAUCAGUGGAGAUCAUCCAAGAGACAUUUGGGGAAAACUCUUUAAUGUACACCAUGGUGCUCUUCACCAGAGGAGAUUAUUUAAGAAACAAAACUAUAAAUCAGUGUUUGGGGAAACCUGGAUCUCCUCUAAUGAAGCUGAUUGAAGCUUGUGGAAACAGAUUCCAUGUGUUCAACAAUAAUCAGACUGAAGACCGAACCCAAGUGUCUGAUCUACUGGAGAAGAUAGACAAAAUGUUGAAGACAAACGGAGGAAGUUUCUACUCUUGUAAGAUGUUCAGGGAAAUAGAGAGAAAAAAGCAAGAACAACAGAUGAAGAUCCUGAUGGACAGAAUUGAGCAACUGAACAGGGAAAAGGUACAACUGAUGAAGGAACAAGACGAAGAGAAACACAGAAUGGAGACGAUGAUGGGUGUAGUGGAGAAACUAAAUAGAGAAAAAGAAGAACUGAUAAAGAAACACGAAGAAGAGAUAACAAGAGAACGAGAGAUGUUUACAAUUGAAAUUAAACAAAUUAAGCAAGAAAAGCGGGAACUUUGGAUUAACAAUGAGACAGAAACAGAAAAAGAUAAGGUUCACGAGGAGAAGAUAGAAGAGGAGCUGGAUGAAGAUGAAAUUGUGAGUAAAGAAGAAGAGGAUGAGAUGCUCAGAGAAAUGGAACAGAUUUGGGAGGAGUUUAAAAAAAAUACAUAUAAAAGAAAAAGGACAAGAAAACAAGGGAGUUUAAAAGAUGGACUGGAGGUGCUGGAUGAGAUGUGGAAAGAGGAUUUAGAGAAAGAAAAAAAUAUUCAGGAGAAAGACAAAGAAGAACUGGAGAAACUGAAACUAGAAGAAAAGCAAAAACAGGCUGAUGUUGAACUGUAUCAGACUCUCAGGAUUAAAAUUAAAGAACGAGAAAGAAUAGAAAGAGAGAGACAAGAACAACCAGAGGAUUCAGAUAAACUGAAAGAAGGAAUAAAGACUUUAGAAGAGAAACUGAAUCUCCUUGAUCAUGACGAUGAGCUGAAGAGAAGACAAGUGGAGUUGAGAGAGGACUAUGACAAAGAGAAAAAGAUGAAGAAAAUCUAUAAUAAAACCAAUGAUUCACUACAGGUUGCCGCCUACAGAAAACUGAUUUCACAAUACAGCAAGUGGUCCUGGAGUCUUUACAGAGCCAUGAUGGAAAUAGAGAAUAAGCUGUAUAACCACAUAGACAAUGAAGUGAUCCACGUGGUUGAAGAAACUGAUCUGCAAAGAGAACUAAAGACGAGUGAAGAAGUGGAAAAAUUAAUGUCUGACUUUUUUGAGAAAGACAAGGAUAAAUAUAUACUGAAUCAGUGGAAAACACUGUUUGAAACUAAAAUCAAAGAGCAUCUGGAAAAUACAGUGAAAGAGUCAAAGCAGAAAUUAAAUAAGAUUGUUCAACAGCGAGACCUGAGGAAAAAGAGUGAUGCUGAAAGGAAACAACACGAAAACACGCUCUACGAAAAGAGCAAAGAACUCACUUUGGAAUUCAAAGACAAAGCAAAUGAUGAAAAAACACUAAAGAAGGAGUUUAAUUUGUUUUGGGAAAAGAGCGUGAAGGUGAUCAUCAAAGAGAGUCCUUCAAUCAAAGAGAUCGACUUAAUGAAGGAUGCGAAAAAGAUCCUCAGUGACAUCUAUGACAUUCCUACUGUAAGGAAGGAUAAGGAUAUUUUCUCGGUGCAGAUUUUUGCAGAUUAUGUAAAGACAAACAAAUCUAGUUUUGCUGACGAAAUCCAAAUCCGAUCAUUUGUCUCAGAUGUUGUCCAGCAGACAGAUAAAAUGAUCAAGUCCCUUAACUUGUCAAAGAUGGGCUACAGCAUCAGCUACAUUCAACAAGUCAUAGAUUACAUCAACAAAAGAGUAACAGAACAUCAAGAAUUGAUGAAAUAUAAACUAAAGAGUGAAUUCUUCAGGGAUUCGGUUCUCUCCAUCUGUAAAAGAGCAAACAAGAUGAUCACUGACCAACACAGACUGUUCAGAGAAGCCAAUGACCCUGCAAAAUAUUUGAAGAAGAAGAAAGAAGAAUACUAUAGCGUUUUCAGUAAUUACUGCCAUGGAACAAAAUCAUCUGCUCUAUUUGGUCAGAUCAUCUGUCAGAAACUGAAGGAGCCCAUUGAGCAGAGUGUCUACAAGAAAACCGCCAGAGAUCUGACAGAUGAAAUAAGAUUAAACUGUGAAUCACUGAAUGGAAACAGAUCAAAUCUGGAGAAACACAUCCUGAAGACACUGGCAGAAGAGGAGGACUUUGACAAAUACUUGGUCUGCAUUCAUAAUCCCAGAGAUUACUUCAUGAGUUUCAUCAGAGAUGAAGUCAGUCGGUACAUCACUGAUAAGUUCAAAGUCAGUAUUUUACCCAAGAUGAAGGAGAACAUUGACCUCCUCAAACAGAAGAUCAUAAAAGCAGCACAUGAAUCUACUGUACAUGUUCAAGUCAACAGUGGAGAUGUCGAAUUGUGGUUGGAAAACUUCAUACAGCAGCUUUCAGAUCAGUUGAUCUUCUCUGAAAGAGAUCUCAGUGGAGUAAACCAUAAGGAUGUCAAUAACUUAUAUCUAGUUGAAGAUGUGAUAAGACAACAACUUACUCAUAUUAUAUAUGGAAUCAGCAGUGAAUUCAACACAGAGACGUUCCCGUCUAAUCUGGACUACAGGUUCAGGCCAGAUGAGCUACUGAUUGAUCACUUCUGUCAAUGUUGUUGGGUUCAGUGUCCGUUCUGUGGAGUAUUCUGCACAAACACCAUAGACAACCAUGCUGGAGAUCACAGCGCAGAGUUCCACAGAGUGAGAGGGAUUAAUGGAGCAAACUACUAUUUGACACAGAAUCUCUGUGCUGAUAUUUGCACUAACUUGGUGGCAAGUGAUCAGUGUUUUUAUAAACCAGAAGUAUGGUUUAAAUACAGAGAAUAUAGACAAGCAGGGGGAGUUUAUGAAGACUGGAGCAUCACUCCUGAUCUCUCUGAACUGCCCCACUGGAAGUGGUUUGUGUGCAAAUUCAAGAAACAACUGGAAAAAUACUACAAUAAGACAUUUGAGGAGAGUGGUAAGAUUCCAGACGAAUGGAGAAAAUACUCAAAGCAAGAAGCUCUAUUGAGUUUAAACGAGUGCUUCUAAAGUAUCCACUAGUACAAACAAGUCACUAAAAUAAAGAGUAUGUUAACCCUCUGGGGUCUGAGGGGAUUUUGGGCCCCUUAAGGUGUUUUGACAUGCCGUGACAUUUGUGCUUAUUUAAUCCAAUAGAAAAGAUA